CAAACCAGUAGCAUUCAUUCCUGGUUGCAAUAUUGAAUACACUAUCCUAGAGGAAAAUAUUUUUAUUUUGUUCUUAGUAUUGUUAUUACUAUUAUUAUUUAAUUAUACGUACUUAAAUAUAGUACUUGACCGGACAUGGAUUCUCUAGCACAAUGUUCAGAGACAACACAAAAUUCCAUGGUCAUCAUAUAUUUUGCGGUCGUCCCUUUGUUGUUGUUUCUGCUUUUGAGGUUUCGCCGGAAACCCUAUCCUCCGGGCCCGAAAGGUUGGCCGUUGAUCGGAUACAUGAACUUGAUGGAUCACUACUCUCACCGUGGCUUAGCCAAGCUGGCGGAGGAAUACGGCGGCUUGGUGCACUCACGGAUGGGCUCGCUCCACAUGGUUGUGGUGUCUGGCCCGGAUGAAGCUCGUCAAGUUCUCCAAGUACACGAUAACGUCUUCUCGAACCGGCCCGCAACCAUCGCCAUUAGCUACUUGACGUAUGAUCGGGCCGACAUGGCCUUCGCUCACUACGGGCCCUUUUGGCGCAAAAUGCGGAAGGUGUGCGUUAUGAAGCUAUUUAGUCGCAGGCGAAUCGAGUCCUGGGACUCGGUUCGUGAAGAGGUUGAUCAAAUUAUCCGAAUUGUGGCCAUGAGCACUGGUUCGCCCGUGAAUAUAGGCGAACUGGUGUUUGGGCUCACUAAGGAUGUCAUAUAUCGGGCCGCGUUCGGGUCCCGAUCGAAAGAAGGACAAGAUGAUUUCAUUUGCAUUCUUCAAGAAUUCUCUAAACUCUUUGGUGCAUUCAAUGUGUCCGAUUUUUUCCCUUGGCUCAAGUGGGCCGACAUGCAGCGGCUAAACCCUCGGCUCGCUAAGGCUAGGGCGAUGCUCGACCGUUUCAUCGAUACGGUCAUCGACGAGCACAUUCAUAAGAGAAAAUGUCCUGAAGAAGAAGUUUCCGGUGACGAGUCCGGCAGCGAUAUGGUGGAUGAGCUAUUGGCAUUUUACAGUGAGGAAGGGAAAGUGAAUGAAUCAGAAGAUAUUCAAAUGAAUGCCAUUAAGCUCACAAGGGAUAAUAUCAAAGCCAUCAUAAUGGAUGUGAUGUUCGGAGGCACGGAAACCGUGGCAUCGGCAAUCGAGUGGGCCAUGGCGGAGCUGAUGAAAACGCCGGAGAAUCUCAAGAGGGUUCAAGAAGAGCUCGCCGCCGUCGUUGGCUUCGACCGGAAAGUGGAAGAAGGCGACUUGGGAAAACUGACAUACUUGAAAUGCUGCAUAAAGGAGACUCUCCGGCUGCACCCGCCGAUCCCCCUCCUCCUCCACGAGACGGCGGAGGCGUGUGAAGUCAACGGCUACUACAUCCCGGCGAAGUCACGAGUCGUGAUCAAUGCAUGGGCCAUCGCACGUGACAAGAAUUCGUGGCCCGACCCGCACAGCUUCAAGCCCGAGCGGUUCCUCAAAGAGGGGGCCCCGGACUUCAAAGGGAGCAACUUCGAGUUCAUACCGUUCGGGUCGGGCCGGCGGUCCUGCCCGGGAAUGCAACUGGGCCUGUAUGCUUUGGAGAUGGCGGUGGCCCAACUUCUUCACUGCUUUAGGUGGGAAUUGGCGGAUGGGAUGAAGGCGAGUGAGCUGAAUAUGGAGGACGUGUUUGGACUCACUGCGCCCUUAGCGGUUCGACUCAGAGCGGUUCCUACCCCACGUCUCAACUGCACAUUAAUAUGACACUCCCUAUAAAAAAUGCCCAAGUUAUUAUUAUACUACGUAAUUAUUAUUAUUAUUAUUAUUAUUAUUAUUAUUAUUAUUAUUAUUAUUAUUAUUAUUAUUAUAUAAUGAAUCAAUGAGACUAUAAUUAUAAAAAAGACAGUGGUUACGUUAUUUUGAACGUUAUUAGGACGGACUACAAAGUCAAACAAAGUGAGUAUGACUAUAAUUAUACAUCUAUAUAUCACCCCAUGUGGCCAUGUCUAUAA